AUGCCAUUCCCUUUAACAGCAAGAAAAUCAUUACGUGAUAAUGAAGAAUUCUUAACCAAAGCAGAGGAAGAGAUUAAAACUGCUCUCGGUGUAGAAUGGAAAAUAGAGUUUGACUGGGACGUCCUCUUUGAUCUACUUGAUGCCAACACUCAAAAACAAAUUGGUGAUGUAUUUUAUAAAUCUUUAUGUCCACAAAUUAGUAAGUGUGUUACCACUGCCGCCAAAGAUGAGAUUGUAAAGGAAGCAUUGAUCAAUGCAAAUUCCGCUGCCAAGGUUGUUGUUGCCGUCAAUCAAGACAAGAAGAAUUCAACCUAUUGGAAAUAUGAAUUCAGUGGUGGUGCACUCCAAUUGCUAUUCAGAGCCUCGAUUGCAAAUAUCAAUGAUGCCGGAUAUGCCAAGCUCUACACAAUCACACCGACUGAGGGUACCUACACCUUGGGUACUCGUUUGAAUCUUAUUAAGAACCAAGAGAAGAUCCAAGCUGCCUUUGAAAAGCUAUCGGCUGUCACCAAGCGUGAUUUCUGUUUCGACGACGCCUCAAUGGAGCAGGUCUACCCAGCAUUCGAUACCGUCUCACAAAAGGAAUCAUUCGGUGAUACCUUUGCUCAGAUUUUGGAGUAUGCUGUUUCCAACAUUGAGAAGCGUUGCAAAGAUGAUAUAACACUUGAGGCCUUCCUUGAAAAUACCCAAUCCGGUAUAAUUGGCUUUAGAUUGGCACCAAAGCAAUCUACCUAUUGGUUAUGGUCUUUUGAGAAUAAUCAAAUGAUUAUCAGUUUCAAACAACUUGCCAACAUCAAUGAUAAUUCAUACUUUGAUUUUACAAAGGUCCUUAAAGUUGAGGGUGUUUUCUCCUUGGUUUCUCGUUUGGAUUUACAAAAGUAUAAGGAGAAGUUCGAUCAGGCAUUCGAGAGAAUCAAUGCUGCAACCAAACAAAACUGGGUUUAUGAUGAAGCAUCACUUGAACAAGUCUAUCCCUCAUUUGAUGAAGGAAAUAGAAAUCGUAUUGGUGAAACAUUUGCUGAUAUCCUCUCGAAUAUUGCAACCAAUAUUGAAAGACGUUGCAAGGAUGAAUUGAUUUUAGAAGCUUUUGUAGAGGCAACUCCAAAUGCUACUAUUAUAUUCCGUUUAGCACCAAAACAAUCAUCGACGUGGUUGUGGGAGUUUUCCAACGGAUCAUUGAUUAUCAAUUUCAAAUCUCUUAGUAAUAUCUCCGAUAACAACUAUCAUGAUUUCGUCAAGGUAUUACCAGUACCAGGUGUAUACUCAUUGGUCACUCGUCUCGAUCUAAAGAAGUAUCAAGAGAAAUUCGAUGCUUGUUUCGAAAGAUUAAAGGUUGUAACUAAAAUGGAUUGGAGUUAUGAUCAAGCAGCUUUGGAACAAGUCUACCCAUCAUUGGAUGAAGGAAAUAAAAGUCGUCUUGGUGAGACAUUCUCUGAAAUCAUUUCAAAUAUUGUCUCUAAUAUUGAAAAGAGAUGUAAAGAAGAGAUGACAUUGGAGGCAUUCAUCGAGUCAACUGCAAAUGCAAGAAUUGUCUUCCGUAUUGCACCAAAACAAUCGGCAAACUGGAUUUGGGAGUUUUCCAACGGAGAUUUGGUUGUCUCCUUCAGACAGAUUUGUAAUAUUAAUGAUAACAGUUAUCUUGAUUUCAUUAAAGUCUUAAGUUCACCAGGUGUUUUGAGUUUGGCAAGUCGUCUCAAUAUGAAAGAAUAUCAAGAGAGAAUGAAUGAAUCGAUCGAAAAGAUUAAAACAUGUCUUGGUACUGACUGGGGUGUUGAAUCAUCUUCAUUCGAUGAUAUCUAUCCAUUUUUGGAGAGUGAAUCCGAUAAGACACGUAUUGGUGAAACAUUCAAUGAUGUCCUUAAAGCAAUCUCUACAAAUAUCGUAAAGAAGUGUGCUGAUGAAAUGGUCAAGGAGGCAUUCAUUGAGAACACUGCAAAUGGUAAAAUUAUUUUCCGUUGUGAUAAGAAACAAACUGGUUAUUGGGUAUGGAAGUUUGAAGAAGGUAAGCAAUCGGCAAUAUUAAAACAACUUAAUCAAAUGGGUAAUAUAAUUGAAGAAUUUAACGAAGACAAAUUUGAUACCAAAAGAAAAAUCAACAAAUUAAUUCUUUUGGGUUUCUGUGGUGAUCGUCCAAAGUGUAGAUGUGGAAUUCAUAUGAAGCCAAGACAAAACGGUAGGAAUGGUUCUUCCUUUUAUUCAUGUGCAAACUUUACAAGUGGUGUAGAUACAUCGGUCAUUAAUUUUCAUGUCUCUUCACAAUCCCACAGAAUUGUACAAAAAAGCAAACAAGCAGAAGUACAAACAGAUAAAUAA